AUGGCCAUUCCUGUGUCUUCAGCUAGUGCAGAACGCAGUUUUUCCACCAUGCGCCGUGUUGAGACAUAUUUAAGAUCGACUAUGAAGAGUUCACGAUUAAGUAGCCUUACACUUUUAUCAAUUGAUUUUGAAAACUCAGAUAAAUUAUUAAAAGAUCCAACUGCUGUCCUUGAAGUGUUUGCAAGCAUGAAAAACAGAAGAAUACAAUUUCAAAUUUAG